AUGCUGGCUAGGCUGCAGGUCGCUGCUUUGCACUAUAAUGAAAAUGCAAAUAGGGCACAUGCUGCAACGUCUGUUGGGGAGCUGAGGUAUUCUGUAGUGUACCCAAAAUACAAGCGCGGAGACUACACAGUGAGAGCCAUGAAAACCAACCCUACUUCAUACUACAUUGACAAGCUUAUGGAUCUGCUUUUUGAAAGCGUGGUGGAGGAUGCCCGUCCUUAUCAGGAAUACUCUGACAAAGCACAGGUCCAGGUUUGUCAAGAGAACGUAAGUUGGUAA